AUGGAGAACAACUACAAAGUCCUUUUAGAGAAAAUUCAGCAUAUUUUACAUGUUGAACGUCGAUGUGGAUAUACCUUUUUGAAAGGGACUUUUGGGGCAGCUAACAACUAUGUAGUGGCUCCCUGUGACCUGUUUGGUAGUGAAGAGGAUAAAAGUUUCCAGUUUAAAUCACUACUACACUAUGUUGAACAGACCAUCCUGAAACCUUGGAGUGAUAACCAGUCUGAAUUCCUAUGUCUAACCUACCAUGAGAAUGACAGUUUAAACCAAGUGAACUGCCUGUCAGUCCUUACUGCUUUUGCCUUUGCAAAAGGUGACAGAAUGUGUUUAGAAGAAGUAAAAAGUUACUUUACAUCUCUUGAUCAGUACCACAUGUACCAUCCAAAAGUUGGCUUCCUGAUGAAUAACCUUGGAAUAAUGUUCACUGAAGUUGCACUUUAUGAGGAGAGUGACGAAUGCUUCAGAAUUGCCAACAUUUGCUUUCAGCAACAAAAACAUUGUCUGAAAAAUGCAGUAGUUACCCUGAACCAAGCUUUUCUGAAGAAGGUCGUGGGUGAAUAUGAAAAAGCAGCAGAUCUCACUACAGCUUCAGCUUCCUUGUGUCAUGACAUCUCUAUGAGGAAAACAAAUGAUGCGCAACUACCAGCGAAGUUGCUGGGAAGAAUUGCUGGUAUGUUAAAGGAGUUUGGCAACUACCAGAUGCUGAAAAAGGUUCUGACAACUGUCGUUCACUUUGACAUCCCAGGUGCUGAUAAAACUGCUACAGCUGUUUUAUCCAGGCAGUCGAUGAAAAUCCAGCUUGAGGGAAUGGAAAGAAAAAUUGAAGCCAAAGAAGUGAAAGAUUUUAUCUCCCAUUUACUUGCUUUGCUCGCUAAACCAGAUGCUUCUAAGAUAUCAAUGAAUGCUGAGCUCUUAAGAAUUGUUAUCAUUGCAGCAAAGGUUUUUCGCAGUAUUGGUCAAUGCAAAGAAGCUUGCGAGUUAUUAAAGAAGUUGCAAGGUAUUUUCCUUCUUGUCCAUGGUGAAAAUAGUUUUCUCUAUGGAUCACUACUAUACCAAAUGGGCUGCUUUCUGCAUGGCUGUGGAAGGUUUAAUGAUGCUGAGACUGCACUCAAACAGGCUGAAGGUAUCUUGAUUUGUUAUUGUGGAGAAAAUCACCAUUCAGUUGCCUUGUGUAGGAGUGUUCUGGGUUCGUGUAUUCUGCUGAAGGGCAAUGCCAAAGAUGCCUUAGAAUACCUAAACGAGGCAUUAACAGUCUUCAGGAAGCUGAAUCCUAAUCAUCCAGAAGUAGGAGAGAUUCUUUUGAAAGUUGCCUUCUUGUAUUCUGAAGAAGGAAAUUUCCAGCAAGCCCAAGAAACCGUGCAAGAAGCAGAAGCUAUUUUCAUUUCAUCCUGUGGUGAGGUAUCUCUCAAGACAGCCAAUGCGUACUUUCAAGUAGGAAUGAUCUUCCAGAGGUUUAGAGAGUUGCGCAUGCCAACUGUUGGAAAAAUACAAGAGGGCAUUAAGAUGAUGGUAAAUCUUGGAAUAAAUGUCAGUCAUCCUGAUGUCAUGUUUUGGAGAAGUUUACUUGGCAGCUUAAAACAGUCCUUGGGUCUGGUAAAAGAGGCAGAAAAGUGCUUUAUAGAUGUCCAAAACAGUGUUGGUGGCGUAGGCAGCAAGGAAACAGAAAUAAUUACCCCGGUAAACUUCCUUCACUCCCAAGACAGAGCUGAUGUUAGCAGAGGCAAAUCUUCAUUCGCUAGAGCUCAGUUCAUUUCUCUUAUUAACUUGGUACACAUGGAAAGAGCUAACAAGAGAAUCCAGUAUCUUGAUAAACUUGUGUCCUGUUUGAAAGAAGAGCAAGUAGAAGAAAUUCAAAUGAGGGAUUUUGCUGGCCAAGAUUUGUAUUUAUUUACUCACAGGAUUCCUUCAUUUAACAGACCUGCAGUCUUAGUUAUACACACAUUUGAUUCAUUGGCUGAUAGAUUAGAAGCAGAUGUUGAUGAUGGCACUGAUUCAAAAAUGUUCUUGUCAUCCUCUGCAGAAAAAUCACCCCUCAGUUUGUUUUUGAGGAUUCAAGGUAGAGGUCUGGAUGUGAAAGAAAUCAACUGUAUGACUUCUUCCUUCCGCGAGAGUGUAGAAAUCCUAUUUCUGCAACCAAAGUUUAGAAAAGGUUUCGUAGAAGGAAAGGAUGUGUAUGUAGAACUCCCAACUCAAACAGACAUUUUUUCCCUUUCUAGUUAUCUUGACUGUCUCCCUUUACUUGUUGAACUGGAGUUGACAAAAUCACAAGGACUGUACGAUGAUUUUGAUUACUUGACGUCUUGGCAAUCUUCUGUGGACUCUGCUACACAUCCUGCACCACAUGUCUCUUAUUUUUCCUAUAGUUGUGUCAACCAGCGUGAGACAGAGUUUGUCUGGGACCAUUUGAUCCAAAAUUUUGGUCAACAAUUGGCACUAAAUGGUUUCCAAGAAAGUAUGAUUUCUGAUGUUUCAUUGGAAGAGAACGUUGCUAGAUUCAUUGUUCAAGAGUCAAAUUUGUUUUUAACUAUUGAUGUCAGGAAUCUUUCUGUCAUUGUGAAAUGUUGGACUAUUAAGGAAUCAGGUUCUAACUGUCAUUGUUCCUUGAUAAGAAAUGUGCUGACUGUUACCAUUGAGUCAUUAUUUGAAAUUUUGAAUGUUGAUGUUGAGUCCUCUCUGCAGCUGGGUUGUGAAGGUGUCAAUGGCUUUGUUCUUGGCCAUGAUGAUCAUGAUGGUAACUGUAACCAAAGUGUUGACAAAGACUUAGUUGGUUCUGGUCCAACAUUGGAAACUUGGAAUUCAACGGUGACAUGUCUAUGUAGUAUUUCUGGGGGUGCAGAAGCAGAUUUGAAAANCCCCCCCCCCCCCCAAUUUCUUUAGAAAUAGUUGAGCAAGCAAAAUACAUGAGUGCUCUUCGUGCACAAUCUCUGCACAUCAAGAUGCGAGAUGCAGAGAAUAAAGAAAGUGAGUCGCAGUUUUCUUGCUGAUCCUACAUGUACUUUGUAGCAGUGUGCAGGAUGUGUGUCAAUUACAGCAGCUUUGUAGAUUUGGAGGGGUUCUUACGUCUGAAUUCUUUUCUUAAGAGACACCCAUCAGGUCCUUUUUCAGGUCUUUUUAUUAUUUUUAAUGUGGGUAAAUUUUGUUCAGACUAUGUUAACCUCAAGCCAAUGCCACCAGCAGUGUCCCCCAUUUUAGCGUACAUGAUGUGCGGGGGUGGCCCAUUUGGGGCUUUCAGGGCUGUUCUCCUUUUGCAUCAUUUGCAAGCUAUUUUCAGCCGAUCAUUACGGAUCACUUUGGCUUUUGUGUGUGCCAAUUAGAUUUAACAUUUGCUUCAUCUGAUGUAGCAAUAUAUCACCAGUUGCGUCAAUAGUAUGAAGCAAACGGUAAAUCUAAUUGGCCACUUUGCGGUUGUGUAGGAGACUGGGUCGAGAUGGCUGUCAAGUACAUAGUGGGACUGUUUUGGGGUGAUCUUGACCUGGUCUCCCAUGCAGCCUCAAAGUGGCGAAUACAUUUACCAUAAAAUAAGGUUUAUACACAAGCAGAUUGUGUGGGUGCCCUGUGGUGAAACAAAAACAGUCAACGACUGUCUGAAAUUUAACCUAAUAUAUAAAGAGGAGUAAAGCUUUGCUCCAGAUUUACAGUGGGCUUACUUUACAGCAGCUGUGUUAAAAAAAUGGUCUUUCUGCAGGUAACCAUUAUCACAAAAGAAAAAGAGGAACCAAACAAUGUACCUCUUCUGGGGGCUUUAUUGUUUGGUUGUAUUGAACGCUUUCUUUUGCUGUGCAUAAUUUGUGCCUCGGUACCUACAAAAGGAACCUAAAAAAUGCUGGAUGCUUAGCCAAGGACAGAAAAAUUAGUACAAUCCUUUAUUGAAACACAAUCAGUGUUUGUAUUAAGCAGAUAGCAUUUGUUGAUCAGUUUGUAUUCUUUUUGGUAACAGAAUGCAGACAUCAUCCAUCCUUUAUGCCAUCCCUGUGACAAUUGUCAACAUGUAGAUGUUGGCCUAUGCCUUCUAGAGUGCCUUCUGAAUCAGUCAAGACCUGUAUUGCAUACUGGAGAGAAAGAAUUGAACAAUGGUGAACCCACUUCAAAUGAUGUUAAUGGGUGUGUCAGCCAUAUUACACAUUCCAGUCUGUCCUCAAGUAUCUUUUCAAGCGCUACUUCAUCUUCAUUGAACUCAGUGCCUGCAAGCCCAUCCACUUUCUCUUUAGCUGGCACUAGUAGUCUAUUCACAUCAACAACAUCCCCAAGUGAGAGCUUAUCAUCUGUUGACAAAUUGAAGGAAUGCAAGGGAGAUUCUUCUUGUGAUGAUAAUUCAUCAAGAAUUACAAAGUGCAGUGGACUGUCUGUUAGUUUACCAAAGGAGCCUUCAGUGCCUGUCGAUACAUGUACAUUUUCACAAUCAAGUUACAAGGAAUGCUUAAAUACAGAACAAAUUUUUUCUUAUUCUGAAACACAAAAUACUAAACAGUCAAAACCUUUCACCAUCAAAAACAUCAAUGGACCUGAGGAACUGAAGAUAAUUUCUUCUGAUCAGAGAGCUCCAGUACAGAAUAUUUCUUCAAAGGACAAGAACUCAAGUAUUAGUAAUGACAGCAAGCUCUCAGCAACUCAGUGUGUUGAAGAUUUAUGUGCAAAUCAAAGUUCAAAGCUUGAAGAACCUCUUCAGAGUAUUCAAGGACCAUUCUCUGGGGCAAGUUCAGACAAAGUUGACACAGGAACUGCAACUGUGGAUUUUUUUAGAACUCUGCUGGCAAAUUUUGAGGAUGAGUUGGCAGCUUCUCAGAGGGAUCAUCAUGAAUUAGAACAACAGUUUAGAAAACUUGAAGGAAAAUUGAAGCAGAGUGAGGAGGAGAAACGUGAGCUUCAAGCUGACCUAGGGAGAUUUCUGUUCCUAGAAGAAAAGGCAAAGCGCCGUGGAAGGCUCCUUGGUGGGGCAACUGCAGUACAAGAGCCUGGUAAGCCAGAGAUGUACAGCUGAGCUUUCAGUGUACUGAUUAAACUAUUAUUUUAUCACGAGAAAAACUAAAUUCUCAAAUCUCAUUGGCUAUCAACUGCCCUGAUUUCAGCACUAAUUAAGUAACUGGACAGUAUGUGCCAUCGCACUUGUGCACUUACAUGUAAAUGGCCUUUUUUUCACUGCUAGCAGCCUAAAAUAUCACAAAUUUUGUUAUAGUCACGAUUAAUAUUGGUAUCAGAACUUCGUAUCGUCCAAUUCAGUCUGUAACCACAUACUCGUGAUUUAACAAAUUUCGUUUAUCCCUUGUAUGAUUAGAGACUGAAUUGAACUCCGCUCUGUCCUAUUGCCAUAAGAUUAUUAACUUUAUUAAAUAACUGCUUACCUUAGUGGAGGAGGCAAACCCAGCACCUAGAUAGAGUUUUACCCUGACGGCUUGUUAACCAUUUCAGCCAUGAGCCCCCAUGCCAAUGGAACCAGGUACCCAUCACUCUUAUUCAUCAGUGGAAAAAUAAAAGGGAGCAGCGAUGGGGGUAAAUGCACAAUACAAUGGCUAAGUGAAACAAUUGGCCACCAGGAAAUGCUGUGCUAAACACAUGGAGCUCAUGCAAUACUGACCACAUUUGAGCCACCAAACUGACUGCGGACAGACAACAAGAGAUGGUGCUCCUUGUUAACUGCCAUAAAUUUUAUGUGACUUCAUGAAAAAGUGAAAAAGUGUCUUUUCUAAAACCCUCUGACCUUUAGGGUGGGGGGGGGGUGUGGGGAAGCAUUUAGAAAAGGUAAUGAAAGGGGUAAUGGACAAUGAGUAAAGGUAACAAGUAACAGGUUUGCCAGCAAUUAUUUUUUUUAAAGGGUGUCCAGUCUGUGUCUCACUUGCAGGUCACUGUGUUAACAGGAAGUUGUAAGGCUACAUUGUACAGAUGUACGCACCACAUGUAUGCAAAAUCAUGAUGUCGACCACAAAUAACGUUAUUAAUGUCAUGCAGUAAUUUUUCACAGUCGAACAUUGUCCAGUGACCGAAUGUCGUAAUAUAUGUAUACAAUUUUUGUGCUUAUAUUGAGGCAAAUACAGGAUCUUGCCUAGAUGUUAUUCUUAGUGGACAAUAAUUAUUUUGCAAUUACCUAUAAGUUCUUGAUUUUCCUUCCACUAGGUCUCUUCCUGCAUUCAAGGCUCCUAGAGAUCUCUAACUCAUUGUCAUCAACAGAAGUGAAAAAGAUCAAGUUUCUGCUCAAAAGCAAAGUUAGUGGUUUCAGACUUGAACGUAUAACAGAGGCGUUUGAACUGUUUGAAGAACUGGAAACAAAUGGAUUGUUUUCCUUAAACUAUAUUGGGCAACUGCUUGGUGGAAUUCAGCGAUAUGAUCUUGUGGAAAAACUUGGAAUUCAUGCACCCCUAUCAAGGAGUAGAAAAGGUCAGAGAAAGUUCAUCAAAUUUAAAACAAUGAUUAUAUCAAAAAGUUUAUUUUGAAGUCAGGGUACAANGGGCAACUGCUUGGUGGAAUUCAGCGAUAUGAUCUUGUGGAAAAACUUGGAAUUCAUGCACCCCUAUCAAGGAGUAGAAAAGGUCAGAGAAAGUUCAUCAAAUUUAAAACAAUGAUUAUAUCAAAAAGUUUAUUUUGAAGUCAGGGUACAAUCACAUUAUGCAUACAACAUCCAACAAUGGUUAAUUGUGAAGGAAGAACACCUUCUUGGGAGUGACUGUGGGUUCACUGUGGAUUGUUUGUUGGCUGACUGCCCAUCAACUGUCUGGCCUGUUCUCCACAAUAUUAUUAUCCACCUACCUCUAAACUUGCCCUCACUGUAGAAAACUGUGGAGAUUGGGGUAGAAAAUUACCUUACUUGAUUCCCAAAGAAAAAGAAGUCUGUAAGAGGUUUAAAGUAGAACUGGCAGUAAAUUACAUGUAAGAUGUUGCUUGAUAUAGACAAGAGUUAUAUCAGCCCCUUUCAUCAUUGUGUUCUCCAGCGAUUAGCCUAUGUGUUUUCAGGCUGUUUCUCCACCCCAGUCUGGGUACUACUGGAUUUUAAGAAAACCAUGAAAAAAAGUGUCUAAGGGCCCUGCCCCUGUUUUUGUACUACGUUAGUUACAGCAAACUUACAACUUGCACCAAGCAUGCUAGCAAGUCAUCAGCUGAAAAUAAAAUUGUACGUAUAAAUUGACUAAGUAUAGCAACUCAAUAAAUGACAGAAUGGGACAUUUUAUGUAUUUGUGUUAAGUGCACUCUGGCCUUUGCAUAGAAGAAAGGCUGGAGGUGAGCUUCUUUUUUUUACAAGCGUACUUGCUUUUCUUUGGCAAAUUCUAUUAUUCUCCUAAUUACAAGUCUGUUUACAAGAUUAAUUAGAUGUGAAAACUGGAAGGUUUGUAAAGUAGAGGGUUGCUUCAUUCUAUUUAUUCAAAGGCCAAAGGAGUCAAACACAUCUGUUAAUGGUCUACUGACCAAAUUCUAGACAUUCUGAACAAUUCUGUAAAUCAAAAUGUUGUUUAUGACAAGCUAAAAAAGUUGCAAUCACCAUUUAUUUCUGAUUCUGAUUGUUCGUGCUCCGCACACUAAAUCACGAUGGAAAUGGAAAUAAUCCAAAAUUAUCACAACUGUCAAGGGAGUACAAAGUAAAGGCAUGUCUUUGAGGUUUAAGUAUUUUUGCACCUUUAGCGUUGAGCUAAUCAUGUGAUGUACAUGUAUGCAGGCUCUUAUUUGUCGAUAUUGCAAGUCAGUACAAAGAAUCCCCUCACAUUGCAUAAUUUCUUUUGUUGUUGUUUUUAUAGGAUCAAACAGUUCUGUUGAGUCAGACCAUGCUUCAAGUUCAGCCAAAUCUGCCCCUGUGCAAGACAACAUUUUAAAUGAACAGACAGAUGGACCUGAAAUGAAGACACAGAUGAAUUAUGCACCUUCCUCAAAAAAUUUUUUUGAGCUCACAGGCAUUGAUGAAAAUGGUACGUCACUAAGAGCAGAUGAAAUAGAUCAUGGUCAAAGCCAGUGCUCAUCAAUUUUAUCCAGUGGAAGCUCAGUUGAGGAAGACAGUGACAUACGUUUGUCAGAUAAGAGUGUAGAAAAUGUUGUGCUGGUGGAAGACAGUCCUCAGUUACCCAUCCAUUCAGAUGAUAUGUUCGUGUCAAAUUCCAGUCGCAGCUCAUCUGAUUUGUUGGCAAAUUCUGACAAGACUGCACCAGCAACUUCUAACAGCACCUUACAAGCUUCUUGUGAAGUUGAUGGCUUUCAAGUGAUGUCAGAUGGUUCCCAGUCAGCCUCUGGUUACAGCAACCCCAGUCCUACAAGUUGGGAUACCCAAGGGAUCUCUCAUGUGAUGGCCAGACCAGACAACCAGCCAGCAGAUGAAGAUGGCCAGCUAAAAGGAGCAUGUGCCAGCAAUGGCAAAGAAAGAGUGGUUAAGUCACAUGAUUUCUGUGAUGGAGCAGUAAUGGCAGUUCCAUAUUGCACAAAGACAAUCCCUGAGUGUACAAAAAGAGAUUCUUUAAUUAGUUCAGAUUCAAUUCUUGCCAGAACUCAUAAUAUUGCAAAUGGAGGAAGUGUUUUUUCAACACAGCAGCAUGUGUUUUCAGAAGGUGAAAGAGAAAUUACUCCACCAUCAUCAGAUGCAACAGACUGGAAACGUCUAGGUGCUAGACCAAAGGAACCUCAACGUAUAAAUGAUGGACAAGUACCAAAAGAGCCUGUUGUGUAUAUAACGGAUGGCUUAGCUGGUGAUUUCUUAGCGAGACACACACAAGACAAGGCCCUUCAUGACAGUAUCUAUCAAACUGAUGUUGGUUCUCUCUUCAAUGACAUUCCAUCUCAGGGGACUUCCUUUAUUGACGGUGACAUAUCUCAAUUUAACAGAGCCCAGCCUUACUUUGGGGAUUGCCAGGCUGCAUCCAGGACAGAGCCACUUGGUAGAACUGGACAUUCACUUGUAAGUGGAUCUAGUGGACAUCUGGGUGGCUCUUCUUAUGUGGAACCUUUCAGUGACNUGAUUUCUUAGCGAGACACACACAAGACAAGGCCCUUCAUGACAGUAUCUAUCAAACUGAUGUUGGUUCUCUCUUCAAUGACAUUCCAUCUCAGGGGACUUCCUUUAUUGACGGUGACAUAUCUCAAUUUAACAGAGCCCAGCCUUACUUUGGGGAUUGCCAGGCUGCAUCCAGGACAGAGCCACUUGGUAGAACUGGACAUUCACUUGUAAGUGGAUCUAGUGGACAUCUGGGUGGCUCUUCUUAUGUGGAACCUUUCAGUGACAACUCAGGACUUUGGCCUAGCCAUUUAGGAAAUGAUUCUUCCUCAUUCUAUAGUAACUAUUUGUCAAGAAAUACUUCAACUGCUGCAAACAACUAUUCUCUUCAAAGUGAUUUUGUACAUAAUAGCAGUAGAUUUGCAGGAGUUGACCAUUUUGACAGACAGACUUAUUUGCCGUCAGCAAAGCAAACGCCAUUUCCUCCUAUAGCAAGUGAUUCUGUUCUAAAUAGUUAUCCAGGAAUGGCUGGUUCAAGUUUUGCUGACCCUUCAUGGACAGGUGCAGCGCUAACUCUACCUGGAGAUCCUGUACAUAAUGCACCAAGAUUUAGUAGCUUUUUAAGUGAGCAGCUUACAGACCCUGCUCAUGAUGCAAAUAGGUUUGCUGGUAAUGAUACCGCUUCAGCUUUCAUCUCUAAUCAGGGCACAGAUGAGCCCGCUCAGAAACCAAAUUUUGCACUUGGAAAUUCAAGGACAACAACUGGAAACAUUGAUGAUGAUGCAAAUUCCUCUGCACAGUAUCAGCUUGGAAAUUCUGCAAUGUUUGAUGGUGUUUUGGCAGCGAGAUCUACACAUGAUACAUCUGUUCUAGAACCUCAUUUUGGUGAUGCAGACAACAAUUCUGUGUUAAACAACACAGACUUUGGUACUGAUUCUAUAGAAGCCUCUGACAACUCAUUACUUGCUCUUGAACGGCGUGUUGCAGAAGCUUGUGCCCUUGUUGAACGCGUUCUUCGGGAGAGGGAGGAACGUGAACAGUUUGGAAGAGAGAUAGAAAGGAAAGAACAGUUAAUAAGAGAACAGAGAGCUCGAGAAAGGAGAGAGAGAGAGGAGAGAGAAUUGCGAGAAGCUGAAAACUGGCCACAGCAACAAGAGGCCAUCAACGCACGUUCACAGUGGUUAUGUGAACAUUAUCAACGGCACUGCAGAGUGCGGUUCCCAUGUUGCACACAAUUCUAUCCAUGCCAUCGUUGUCACAACAUCUCGAAAGCUUGUGACAAUGAAGAGGCUAAAGCUUGUCACGCCACUCAUCUGAAAUGCUCUCACUGUCAGCAUGAACAGGAGGUAAGCUUUGUUUUCAUGUUUCCUGAAACUUAAAUUUAAAAAAAAUAAUCUAUUCUACAUUAUACCUGUACUCAGGACAUACUUUUUCAAACUGUACCUUUCAAUGAGAUUUUGGGUUUUGCUGUGGAAGUGUUAUUUUCCUUCAUCUUAAAGUUUCAUGGGGUUUUAUGAUUACUUCAUUGUAUAUUAGCGAAAAACAAAGUAUAAUAAAUGUAAAUAGAAUAAUAUAUUGAAUCUCAAUGUGAUUAUAAAAUCAUUUUAAGUAUCUUGAUUACUGCUAAACUCACAAACCUGUGAACACUAGAUUGGUUAAUUUUUUAUUUUGUGUUUUUAAGUCCUGGUGUUUUAUGAAGUGCUGUUCUCUUAAUACAUUGUAUCUUCAGUUUAAUCAACACCAUAUUUUGUCUGUGUCAUUUUUACAGAUUGGUGAAGACAGUGCAAAGUGUCAUAAGUGUGGGGGGAAAAUGUCUGCUUAUUUCUGUCCCAUCUGCAAGCAUUUCACCAGCGUCGAUAAAAAUCCAUAUCAUUGUGAAAAAUGUGGGAUUUGCAGGUAGGUGACUUGGGAUUAUCUAUUGUUAUUCUGGCAAAAUUAUGAUUGUAAUAAUAAACAUUGUUCCUGUGAAACACACAGACACUUCAUAAGAAAGGGGCAUAAUAUUGGUCUUAAAUGUGAAGAAAAUGUUUAGCCUAGUGUUUGUUGUGUUUAGAUGGUGGACAGGCUGCAAAGGAGAGAUCAGAGUAGCAGAAAACUGCUUUUUUUGUUCUGCUUUCGGUUAGGCACAAACACAAAUAGACAGGACUAACAAGUCUAUUUUGCACCAUUCCCCACUGUCUGAUUACAUGGAAGCAGCUAGCCAGGAAUAAUUUUAUCAGCAAAGUUCUUUCUUGAAGUGGCUCUCUUAGGGCCUGUUUACAUGGAGGUGGGGGACCCCAGGUAGCUGAGGUAACCCACCUGUCCAUAUAAACUUUCUUUUCAAUUUGACCGUGUUUAUGUGAUAGGUGGGGUGACCCGCUCCUUGUUACCUCACUGAUCUGAGGUCCCCCACCUCCAUGUAAACAGGCCUUUAUUUGAUCCACUUUCAGUUUUCCAUGGCUAGUAGAAAUGAAAUGACUUGACUUGUUUGGAUGAGUUAUGUAAUAAAUGAAGCAAAAACUGUGUGAUGGAUAAUCGAUAUUGUUUUUUGUCACUAUUUUAGGAUUCAUCAGGACAAAUCGUUCCAUUGUGAAGUGUGUAACGUUUGUUUAGACAAACGGCUCGAGGGUAAUCACAAAUGUCGACCAGAUUCAGGUCAUGACGAAUGCUGUAUUUGCCUGGAGGUGAGGUUUAAUUUCUUGAGGAAAAGGGUACUGAAUCGUUGAUGAGAAUGAGGUCGCCUUUUUUGAGAGUGAAUAGAAAGAGGUCUUUGAAUAGGGGCCUUCGUUGUUGACAAACAUAUUGCUAUAUCUAUUAUCAUAUUAUAAUAAAUAAUAUUUCAAGAAGUUUGCCACGCUAAUUGUCUUUUCCAUUAAUUGCAGGAUGCAUUCAGUGGUUGCCAGAUAUUGCCAUGUUCACACAAAGUACACAGAGAAUGUGCUAUUGCCAUGAUACAAAAUGGCAUGUAAGUCAAUAUCAGGUCAUUCAUUCAUGACAUAAUAAAAUAAUGUACCAUAUCUUAAGAAGUGAGGGCUAAGUAUCAAGUAGUACACCUGCAAAGGAAAUUGAGAAGAAAAUGAAAACAAAACAAAUAGCUCUCAUGAAUGUUUAUGGCACACCCACAAAUUUCAAAACAGAGGGAAUGUUAACUUAUGAAGUAUCUCAGCCAUAAAUUCCCCAGAAAGUUAGUUGGAAAAGAAUACUUUCUGCUACAAAAACAGCGAAAAAAUUGAAUACAAACGAAUUGUUGUCUCCAAGGAAAUUGCCCUUAUCAUUAUGCCUUUUCACACGUACAUAUAAUUUAUUCAUGUGAAUAAGAUAAAAUAUGAAAGGAACAGUUCUCUAGAGGACUGAUCUUAAUUGGAAAAACAAAACAUACAAGCUAAAGAGGCCUGUUAAGAGCAUCCCAGGCCUAGUUGUAACACAGCCCUCUUGUGCUUUAGUCCUGUAUUAUUGCGAAGUGAUCACUGUUGGUGAAAUGUGGUGAUUUACGUACCUCACAAUUACGUACAGAAAAUGUUUAGAGAAAUGUGUGGAUUUCAGUGCAAGAUCCAGACCUUGAGAUAAGGGGCGGGGGGGGUCUCCAAAAAAAUUUUUUUCGGCAGCCUCAGUUUGGUCUAAAAAUAAGGUGGGGCUCAAACCCCUUGCACCCCUCNUUUCUUGUUUUUAUUGUGUUGAAGGUUUAUUGGGUGUGUAAUGGUGUUAUGUGUUAUACUGAAAAAAAUAAAAACAAAAAUGUAUGAGAGAUGUUGGGGGUGGCGGGGGCGAACCAGAUCCGUGUGGGGGGGGGGGGGGGGGGGGGGGGGUCUCCAAAAAAAUUUUUUUCGGCCCUUAGGGCCGGCGGCCUCAGUUUGUUCUUAAAGUAAGGUGGGGCCCAGACCCCUCACACCCCUCCCCUGGAUCCACCACUGGAUUUGCUGCCAGACAUUAAGGCAGUUUAGGUUCAAUGGUUGUCCGUGUUUCCAGCUUUUAGAUGUUUGUUUCCCCCUUGACCUUUGCAUUUUUUCAUUGGUGGUAAUGGUUCAAGGAAUUGUCUUGGCUAAUUGGUAAUGAUAUUAUUUUUGUCUUUUUCAGUCGCACCUGCCCAAUUUGUCGACAUCCAUUGUACAGCCAGUCCAGGGAGUAA